CACAAGCGGCCAUUAUUGGUGGAGUUGCUGGUGGAGGUGUGGCUCUUUUUUUGGUUCUUCUUUCAUUAUUUGCCUGGAUGCAGCGUGUUAGACGGUCAGAAAAGAUUGAAAGGGUUCCUAGAGGUGAGAUAACGGGAGAAUCCAAGUUGAAAGGUUCAAUCAAUUAUAGUUAUAAGGAGUUGAAGUCUGCUACCAAGAAUUUCAGUGAAAAGAAUAAAUUAGGAGAAGGAGGAUUUGGUACCGUAUACAAGGGAACUUUGAAAAAUGGAAAAACAAUUGCAGUCAAGAAACUUAUUAUGCGACAGUCCAACAGUAUGGAUGAAGAAUUUGAGAGUGAAGUGAGGCUAAUAACUAAUGUUCACCACCGAAAUCUUGUUCGACUUCUAGGAUGCUGCAGCAAAGGCAAUGAGAGAAUUCUCGUUUAUGAAUACAUGAAAAACAACAGUCUCAACAGAUACUUAUUUGGUAGCAACAAAGGUUCUCUCAGUUGGAAGCAACGAUAUGAUAUAAUCUUAGGCAUAGCAAGGGGUUUGACCUAUCUACAUGAGGAAUUCCAUAUUUGCAUUAUACAUAGAGAUAUAAAGACUAACAACAUUCUCCUUGAUGAUGAUUUUCAACCUAAAAUUGCUGAUUUUGGGUUGGCAAGACUUUUACCUCAGGAUCAAACUCAUCUUAGCACUAGAUUUGCCGGAACACUCAUGAUGAAUACUUCAAGGAAAAGUUCUUUUAUAUGUGGGAUACACAGCACCUGAAUAUACAAUUCAUGGCCAGUUAUCAGAGAAAGCUGAUACUUACAGUUAUGGUAUUAUAGUCUUAGAAAUCAUUAGUGGCCAGAAGA